AUGGCUCAAUACUACCCCCAACAGCAGGGCUAUGCCCCUCAAGGCUCCGCGCAAAAUCUCCAGUUCUACCCCUCGUCCUACUCGGUCUCUGGCCACACGACACCUUCACAAGCAUCCUACGGCGCAGGCUUCGGUGGUGCUCCCAACCCAUCUGCGCAGGCAUAUCCUGCUGCUGGCGGCUAUGGCUUCGGAUCCCCGGCCGCCGGAGUCAGUGGACGCAUGGGCGAGCAAGGCGGCCUGAGGACCGGUUGGUUAGCUGCGUUUGGCACCGAGGGGUAUGACGGGGAGCCUCCAUUGCUUGAGGAAUUAGGUGUCAAUUUUGAACAUAUUCGGACGAAGACCCUGACCGUACUCAAUCCCUUUGCUUCAAUCGAUAACCAUCUUAUGGACGAUAGCGAUCUCUACGGAGCACUCCUAUACAUCGUAUUGUACGGCACCUUCCUACUUCUUUCCGGAAAGGUCUUCUAUGGUUACAUUUAUGGCGUGGCUGUCUUUGGCACCGUUGCCUUGCACAUGAUUCUCAGCCUCAUGUCCCCUGCCCUCGACACAGCUCCUACCCCCAACGCCGCGGACCCCAACAACUAUAACCCUCACCACAAGCCAUCCAUCUCCAAUGCCUCAACCGCGGGUCAUUUCUCCGCUACUUUGACAUUCCCACGCUCCGCCAGCGUACUCGGCUAUUGCUUCCUCCCCUUGGUCCUCACAAGUCUGAUGGGUAUCCUCAUUCCUAUGGAUACCCUGUUCGGAUAUCUGUUGACCAUUGCUGCGGUUGGCUGGUGCACUUACAGUUCCUCGGGCAUGUUCUGUUCUGUGGCGCGCAUGAGUGGCAUGCGGGGGCUGGUGGCUUACCCGCUGGCUUUGUUUUAUGUGGUCUUUGGUAUCAUGGGUAUCUUUUCCUCUCGUGGCUCUGGUUCCCUGGCUGCGAAAACAGGUGCGGCCUAG